CGUCUGUCGGGCCUACUCCUGCUGGUCCUGACGCACCCAUUUUGGCUUGUGUUCCGCCCCUGGAAGCUGAACAGCUUUGUCUUCUGAGACCUCUCCCCCAGCUGGUCUUGGCUACGCGCCUAACGACUGUAGGCGAAGCAUCAGUGUCGAUGACCUCACCAACCAGCCUGUUUCUGUAUCAGUUGGCUGUCUGAGACGGAGAGUCUAGCAUUUGCGCCUUGCAUCUAAAAACAGAAAUACCGUCUUGGUGAUCAAAGAACACUAACCAUUAUCUUACUACUCUUUCACUAGCGACCACAGUUUCCGUUGUGCCGCCUUGUACCCCGCCCCCCUUCCAGCUUUCUUGCAUCGAACGUGGUAGCAUCUGCAGCAUCAUUUUCAAUAACAUGGCAGCGAGCUCGUUUCCGGGUGUCAACCCAUUUCUUAAAAUCGGUGUGCCUGGCGAGAAUAACCCUGGUUUUCAGAAGAUAUCUGAGGAGGACUUUGAUGUGACGUCACCAACCGACCCAACCUUUCGCAGUGCCAAUUCAGGCGCUUCUCAGUCUGCAUCCAGUCACAACAGGGAUGCAUUUGCCGAGAACAACCAGAGUAGCCGAGAGAGGCAGCGUAUUUUAUUUGGAGCAAGUCCUUUUGGACCAGAAUCGCCGGAGGAGAACGCUGUCAGCGACGAUGUUGAUGUUCCCGGCGGCUUCCCAGAGUCGCGUCCAACCGGCGGUCCCAACCAGGGCUUCCCCAACAACUAUGCCCUGGGACGGCGUACCUCUGUCUCUGCAGAGUCUUUGAAUCCGACGUCGGCCACUGCGGAUAGCUGGUCGCCCCCCUUUCAUCCCAAGACAGAAGAACAGGUCUCUCGGUUGAAGGCUGCUGUCAGCGCCAAUUUCUUGUUUUCUCACUUGGAUGAUGACCAGUUCAAAACAGUUCUGGAUGCAUUAGUCGAGAAACCAAUCCCAGCAAAGGAUAUCAAGGUCGUUACACAGGGUGAUGCCGGUGACUUUUUCUAUAUAGUGGAAGAAGGGCACUUCGAUGUGUACAUCAACCCAUUAGGCACUGUCCAGCAGGGACCAGACGGACUGGGCAACAAAGUAAGCUCGAUUGGGCCCGGAGGCUCCUUUGGGGAGCUGGCUCUUAUGUACAAUGCACCGCGAGCGGCCACGGUGAUUUCGGUCGAUGCGAAGAGCACACUAUGGGCUUUGGACCGCGUCACCUUCCGCCGCAUACUCAUGGAUUCAGCAUCCCAGCGCCGUCGGAUGUAUGAAGCUUUCCUGGAAGAAGUGCCGUUGCUAGCAUCCUUCAAACAAUAUGAGCGUGCAAAGAUCGCGGACGCUCUGGACGCGAGCAAGUUCUCUGCCGGUUCAACCAUCAUUGCAGAAGGUGACCCUGGCGACGCUUUCUACCUUCUGGAGUCGGGAGAAGCCCAGGCAUUUAAGAAUGGCGUAGACAGGCCAGUCAAAUCGUACAAGCGGGGUGACUACUUUGGAGAGCUUGCAUUGCUGGACGAGAAGCCCCGAGCAGCUACCGUGGUUGCCAAGACAGAUGUCAAAGUGGCAAGGCUUGGUCGCGACGGGUUCAAGAGACUACUUGGGCCUGUUGAGGAGAUCAUGAGGAGGACUGAAUACGAAAGGGAGCCGACUCCCACUUAA